GGUCGCCAUCAAGGAGCCGUCCUCGUCGUGUACGUCGUGCUGCCGUCGCGUGUACCGAGAUGCCUCGCAACCGAGGCCUCGGCCGAACGGGCAAGAAGCAUAAGAAAUCAGCCAACGACAACAUCCACAGGCAGCCCAAGGCGACCACCGAGCCCACGGUCGCCACCGAGGCGCCGGAGCCGCCCGCCGCGCCCGACACCUCGCCGAAAAUGGAGGUCGAGCCGGCAGCGCCCGACGCGCAGGCGCUCGCGACAGGUGCGGCUGCUCGGCGACGUCGAGCGUGGUGCCCGACGGCUCAGGAGCCUUCUACCAUAAACCACUACCACGGCUGCCACCGUCGGCGCCUUCGCUCGAGCUCUCCGAGGCCGCGUUCUGACCUCGUGCCGCGGCUGUUGUCGCUACAGCAGCGACGAGGGCCGCGGCAAGGGGUGCAGCGGCGACGGGGGGGGGGGAGAGGCGCGGCCAGCUACCGGGUCGUUGCCCCCGCCCACCGCGCCGGGCCCCUGCACCCGGAGGCGGCUUGCGGCAGCCUUCCUGUGUCUCCGUGCGACCCGCUUGGGUAGCCGGCCAUGUGUGGCCCG